CGUUUUUUAAAAUUUUUUCAAAAUUAUCAGUUUUGCAAGUACUGUAUUUCAAAGGCAGAGCAACGAAAUAAAAUAUUUUUUUCUACCAAUCGAUAGCUUAUGGAGUUUCCUAGAAAUAUUGUCUUGGGAGUUUUUGAAUCUCAUGCUUUCUUUAUUUUCUGCAAACUUUCUACGAAUGGGCCAAAAAUGACCCAAGGGGGUGUAAAGGGUUAACACCAGGUAUUUUGGACCUAAAUUUUUACCAUAGAUCGAAGACCGUAAAAAGCAAAUCUAUGAGAAUAAACAGGAGAAUAAUGACUAAAUGCAUUUUUGAUUUGAUUUUAAAAUCAAUUUUGCUGGUUUCAAAAGUUUGACACGAUACUCUUGUCAUCAUCUACUUACACAAGUUACAGAGUUAAAUUUUUUUGUUGCUGGCGAUAAAUGAACAGCGUUUGUUAGCAGUGAACAUAGCGUUCUUGAGCUAGAGUAAUUAUUUCAAAUAAAAGACGGUAUGUAACAUGAUUACGAAUGACUAGAAGUUUAUUUUAGAACAUAUUUGUUGAGGUUAUUUGCAAUUCUCUGUUUUUCUUCGAACGUUAUUUAAAAGACAUCGAUGGUCACUCUUUUUUUAGUAAAUUCACUCCCACAAGGGAUGUUCGUUCAUUUGUGCAUUGUUUAUUUUAUAGUUGCAAAACGACGUUUUGAUGCAAACUGUUACUAUCGCUUAACAACACGAUGGCAAGGUGAUGAUAAAUCUCUUGAUAUUGUCAACGAUGGUAAAAAUAAUAAUCAGCUAAUACUUGGUAACACGGGCAAUUAUAGUGGUCAACAUUGGAAAAUUACAUCAGUUGGAGAUGGUUAUUAUCGUUUAUCAACUGAAUGGCAAGGUGACGGUAAAUGUCUUGAUAUUGUUAACGACACGGAAAAGAACAAGCUUAUACUUGCUAACACCGAUAAUCAUAGUGGUCAAUAUUGGAGGAUUACUUUAUUAGAAAAUAGUUAUUAUCGUUUAACUUCAAAAUUGCAAGGUUAUGAUCAAUCUCUUGAUGUUGUUAAUGAUGGUGAGAAGAAUAAGCUUACACUUCACAAAACUGGUAAUUAUAGUGGUCAAUAUUGGAAAAUAACAAAAGAAAUAUCAACACUAGAAUCAACCCAAGCCGAAAAGGAUGGAAAAUAUUUAUCACAUUUAAAAUUGUUUAGACAAUUACAAAAUUUAAAAAUUUAUUUUAGUGGUACAGAAUAUAAUGAAACUGUACCAAAUGAAGUAUGUUCAAAUCUAUUUCAAUCCGAUUGUCGACUACAAACAUUACUUUUGGAUCAUGUUUACGUACCCGUCAAUACUCAUAUCAUUCAACGAUGUUUUUCUAUUAGAAAUUUAACAAUAAAAGUACAUUGUUUCCAUAAUGCAUAUGUUUUGUUAAACAAUUUACCUUCAAUCGAAUCUACAAAUAUUGCUAUACCAUAUAUUAAAGGAAGACACCUGCAAUCACAACAGCAACACCAUGAAGUCCAAUUUAAUUAUGAGAAAAAUAUUCCUUCGACAUUAUCAAAAUUAAAACGUUUUGUAUUCUACUCUAUUUUCACUGCUAAGUAUGAUUAUUUAGAAUUGUUAUUAUCUCAUUGUUGCUCUAACCUUGAAUACUUAUCAUUGAAUUUAUAUAUUGACCAAUUUAUUGGUGGUGAACGUUUAGAAAAAAAGUUAUUAACAACACUAACAAAACUGAAAGUGUUUCAUUUUUGUUUUCGUAUUCCAGUUGUCGAUAACACAUUGAACAUAGACGAUUAUAUCCAAAGAUACAAAUCAUCUUACUGGAUUGAUAAUGAUCAUUCGAUUUUAUGUUUUAAUCAACCGCUAUGUAAUCAAUAUUGUGUAUUUUCAUUACCCUUUAUGUUCAAUAAAUUCUGUUAUGUUUCAAAUGAUCUAGUGAAUUACCGAUCAAAUAUCAACGAUGGUAUUUCAUUACACAGUAAACAAAACAAAACGAAACAAAUUAGUUUAUGUGAUAAGACAUAA